GUAAGCAUACAUGGCUGUUCACGAAGUCCGUAACCUGUCAAUCGCAUUAAAAGUUAUUAUUUAACAACUAUGUGGUGAAUAGAAGGAAAACGAAUUUGUACAAUAUUCAGAACUUAACCUUUCCUUUACGUAACUACCACGUACUUUGUCGCACACACACACAUACACGAAAAUGCAUUGGUCAAGCGUUGUUUUCCCGUGAUACAUAACCUCAAAGUAAAAACAUUGAGACCACAGAGGAGGCAAAAGUUUGUUGCUUGACAGAAUGGCAGACGUACGCGAUAUAUUAGAUAUCGAAGUGCCGACUACCAGCGAGCUCACGAAGGAAUCGAUUAUAGGCAGCGAUAAAAAGAAUCGAAAAAAAUAUGAGUACAAAGUACCGAAGAGGCCAGAAGGCAUGCACCGUGAAGUGUUUGCAUUGUUGUGCAAGGACAACAACGAUGUACCACCGUUGUUCCCGACGGAUACGGCUAAAGGGUACAAGCAGGUACGAGCCAAGCUUGGUAUGAAAAAGGUUAGGCCGUGGAAAUGGGCAUCGUUCACUAAUCCUGCUAGAACGGACGGCGCGUUCUUUCAUCAUUGGAGACGAGUCGCAGACGCAGGGAAGGAAUAUCCAUUCGCCAAAUUCAAUAAAAAGGUUCCCAUUCCUACGUAUACAAACGCCGAAUACGUUCAGCAUUUGGUUACGAACGGCUGGACCAGAGCAGAGACCGAUCAUCUCUUCGAUCUGUGUAGGAGAUUCGAUCUGAGGUUUAUUAUUAUCAAGGAUAGAUGGGAUAGAACAAAGUUCCCUGCAAGGACCGUGGAGGAUUUAAAAGAAAGGUAUUACCAAGUGUGCGCCGCUUUAACAAAGGCAAAGUCUCACUCUGAUAAGGUUUAUAUAUUUGAUGCAGAACACGAAAAACGUAGGAAAGAGCAAUUAAAGAAGUUGUUCGAAAGAACGCCGGAGCAAGUAGAGGAAGAACAAAUGCUACUGACAGAGUUAAGAAAAAUUGAACAGAGGAAGAAGGAGAGAGACAGGAAGACGCAAGACUUGCAAAAAUUGAUAACAGCGGCCGAUCAUCAAGCAGACCCAAGAAAGAACGAAAGAAAACCGACGAAGAAGAGUGGAGCUGCUGCUAGAAAUAGACCGAAUAAAACGGAUACUUCUCAUGUAAGGAAUUUCUAUAUAAUAAUAUCAGCCGGAAUUAAGUUUCCAGAUUUUAAAAAUAGCGGCGUUUCUCUACGUUCUCAGAGAAUAAAGUUGCCGAGUAGUUUAGGUCAAAAGAAAAUGAAGGGUAUCGAGCAAAUGCUCAAUGAACUUCGUCUAGAAUUGAACCCACCACCCACCGAGCAGAUAUGCCAGCAAUUCAACGAACUAAGAAGCGAUAUCGUUUUACACUACGAACUGAGAAGCGCACUGUCGACGUGCGACUACGAGUUGCAAUCGCUGAGGCAUCAAUACGAAGCUUUGGCUCCUGGAAAGACGUUAACGAUACCGGCCGCGCUGUUGCCGAAAACCGAACCCGAGGUCAAAGCUGAUAUAAUAGACGUGGUGGGUUCACCGAGCAUGCCGACCAUAACUCACUGAUCAACGGAACAAAUAUAGUUCCGUACCGGUUGUAAAUAAUUUCCAGAACGUUGGCACGACGCUUCGCUCGCCUGUACAAUUAUUUUUUUUUUUUUACCUUGUACGGGACAAUAAAAAUAAU